AGAUCCCACCCACCCCAACCAUGGACUGUUCUCCCCCCUGCGCUCUGGGAGGCGCUACAGGAGCCUCAGAGGCCGCACGAGCAGGCUCAAAAACAGCCUCUUUCCACAAGCUGUUGCCCACCUGAACCUGGCUACCCGCUGAAUCGGACUUCAACAGAGCGGCGGGCAGGGAAUUCUGGGUAUUCUUCCGCCGCGGGGUUUCAACGCUGGAAGGACGGCGGCUUUCGAGCGCGCGGCGGACUGCUCGGGAGCCGAUCGCGCGACACUUCCGGGCAACGGCACCACGUGACUCGGAUCCACAAACAAUAUGGCCGCGCCCUGUGCGGCAGGGCUCUCAGCAAGAGCAGGGUUGAGAGGUGCGCUGCAGAGAGUUUGUGGUUCGGGGAUCUUUGGCUCUGCUCCAGCUCUUCUCUGCCAGCAACACCGACGGUUCUUCUGGAAGAAGUGGAAGAGCUCUCAUUCUCACAACGUCGUUCGUCCGGCUACCGUUAGGCCAGCAUACGCUGUGCCAAAGCACAUUUUACGACCAGGCUAUGUCGGCACUGGAGUUGUCCCUGAAUGGCCGGACUACAUAGAAAUCAAAGACCAGGAGCAAACUGAGGGUCUGGCAAAAGCCUGUCGUCUAGCCAGACAUAUAUUACUAAUGGCUGGACGUAGGCUGAAGGUCGGCAUGAGAACAGAUGAGGUAGAUUUUAUUGUACACCAAGAGACGAUCAAACACAACGCCUACCCCUCACCCCUUCAAUAUGGAGGCUUCCCCAAGUCGGUCUGCACGUCGGUCAACAACGUGAUCUGUCACGGCAUACCUGACAGCCGGCAACUUCAGGAUGGGGAUAUUAUCAACAUUGAUGUGACUGUUUAUUUGGAGGGAUACCACGGUGACACCUCAGAAACCUUCCUAAUCGGUCAGGUGGAUGAGACCGGCCAGCGACUGGUGGAGACGGCCCGGCGUUGUAGGGAUGAGGCCAUCGCUGCCUGCAAGCCUGGCGUACCGCUCUGUGUCAUCGGAAACACUAUAAGCGAGAUAGCCCACGCCAGUGGCUUCCAAGUUUGUCCGUACUUCAUUGGACACGGAAUAGGCUCCUACUUCCACGGCCACCCUGAGAUCUGGCAUCAUGCGAAUGACAACGCCAUGACUAUGGAUGAAGGGAUGGCCUUUACAAUAGAGCCCAUACUGAUGGAGGGAUCCCCGGAGUUCAGAAUCCUAAAGGACAAGUGGACAGCGGUGUCUGCAGAUGACAAAAGGUCGGCCCAGUUUGAACACACAGUGGUCAUCACCUCUGACGGAGUGGAUGUCCUCACCGAACUACCAGAGGAAAGCAGCCUGUGACCCAGAAGAAUCUAUCUGCUGCCACAUAUCCGGACUCUAUUUAUAUCAAUGGGGCUUUUAUAUCGCCUACUCUGAUCACAAAUGACUGUUAAGAGACCCUUUAACCGUAUCUGGCCCAGACACGUCAUACUGUAAAAGGUCACUGGCAGAAAUUAAAGCUAUACUUGACUUUUAUGUUAAAAA